AUGUGGAGCAACCAGAACUCUCAUACACUGCUGGUGGAAAUGAGAGUUGGCGCGGCUGCGGGAUCCGAUUCUGGAGACCCGCUGUUGGCUGGUAUCACAUUGUCUUACAAAGUGGUAGAGGACGAACUGGCACUGUUCGAUAAAAGCAUAAAUGAAUUUUGGAAUAAAUUCAAAAGCACUGUUAGUGACACCUCCUGUCAGAUGGUGGGCCUAAGAGAUACCUACAAGGAUUCCAUUAAAGCAUUUGCAGAAAAGCUGGCUGUGAAAUUAAAGGAAGAAGAACGAAUGGUUGAGAUGUUUCUGGAAUAUCAAAAUCAGAUCUGCAGGCAGAAUAAGCUCACUCAAGAAAAGAAAGAGAAUUUGUUGAAGUUGAUUGCUGAAGUAAAAGACAAAAAGCAGGAACUGGACGCACUGACUGCAGAUAUCCAGGACCUUAAGGAAGAAUAUGCUAGGAAGAGGGAAACUAUUUCCACUGCUAACAAAGCUAAUGAAGAGAGGUUGAAAAGGCUACAGAAAUCUGCAGACCUGUAUACAGGUCGACUUGGACUAGAAAUUCGAAAAAUUUAUGGUGAUAAGUUGCAGUUUAUAUUCACUAAUAUUGACCCUAAGCAUCCUGAGAGCCUAUUUAUGUUUUCCCUGAGCCUAAAUGAAGCAAGGGACUAUGAGGUGUCAGAUGGCGCUCCUCAUUUUGAGUGCCUAGCAGAAUUUCAAGAAAAUGUAAGGAAGACCAACAAUUUUUCGGCUUUUCUUGCCAAUGUUCGGAAAGCUUUUACUGCUAUUGUUUAUAAUUAAUGUAUAAAUAAAAACCGUUAAAAAAAUUAAAAUAUAGAGAAAAUCCUUAAGAGUUUCCACGUCCAAAAAAAACAUCAUCAUCAACAACAAUGGUUAUCUGCAAAAGAAAGAGAAUGUGAUUAACAUCAACACCAAAUAUUGUGGGACAACAAUUACAGAGCUCUGGGAGAACAGGACUAUGACAAUAGGGUUCUAAACAACUAAAUUAUGGCCCCUACGUGACAACUGCAAAUUUUAAGAUUUUUACCUUAGAAAUUAUAACACUUUUAUAUAUGAUUUCUGGGGAAAAAAUAA